AUGCUUUGUAAAAAAUAAAAACUUUUUAUUAUUUGUAAAUAGAAAAAAGGUAAUGAAAUCAAUCAAAGUUUAGAAAAUAUUAAUAGUGAUCACACCUAAGAGAAAAAAUUUACUUCUUUAGAAAAUUAUUUGAUUCAAAUGAAUAGAGAAAUGCUAAAAUAAUAGUAAGAAAAUAAUAAUAAAUAUCUCAAAAUGCAAGAAGAAAUGCUCAAAUAACAGUAAGAAAAUAAUAAUAAAUAUCUAAAAAUGCAAGAAGAAAUGCUAAAAUAAUAGUAAGAAAAUAAUAAUAAAUAUCUCAAAAUGCAAGAAGAAAUGCUCAAAUAAUAGAAAUAAACCCAAGAUUAUUGGUAAGCAAAUAACAAUAAAUUGCUAAAGAUACUAGAAAAUUAGCAAUUAAUACAAAAUUGUUAUGGCUAAUUGUCUAAUGAUUUUGUUAUUUUUAAGAAAGAGAUUCAAGAGUAACUUGCUAGAAUUAAUAAAAAGCUCAAUAAACUUGGAUGA